UUCACAUUAUAAUCGUGUAUGUAUCUUAUCAGACUGCAGACAUAAUAAUUUAUUACAAUUAGGUAUUUACAUUUAUGAUUGGUCAUUUUCUAUAAUUUCUAGUUUCUACGUUCAUUCGUUGAUCGGCUUCCUUACAAUUCGGUAUUAAUCUCUCGCUGAUUUUUUUAAAAAUUAUUCGUUAAUCAUACCGAAUAGUAAUUGGAAUUUUUUCAUUAUGUCUAAACCAAAAGUUCACACCUCGGUCGGAGCACCGUUAGCUAAAAUCUUCAGCUAUGUUGAUGAAAAUAAAGACAAGUUUGUGGAGACUUUGUCGCAAGCUGUAGCAAUAAAAUCCGUAUCGGCUGAUCCAGAAUUGAGGAGUGAAGUUGUUAAAAUGAUGGAAUGGGCAAAGUCUAAAUUAUUAGCUCUGGGUGCAGUUGCUGAGCUUUAUGAUAUUGGAUCUCAAGUUCUGAAUGGAGUAAGUGUACCAUUGCCACCAGUAAUACUAGGCAAUUUGGGUAAAAACCCCAAAAAACUUACAGUUUGUCUGUAUGGUCAUUUGGAUGUUCAACCCGCUGAUAAAUCUGAUGGAUGGUCUAGUGAACCAUUUGUAUUAACUGAACGUGAUGAUAAAUUAUACGGUAGAGGAUCGACUGACGACAAAGGUCCAGUUCUUGGUUGGUUACAUGCUAUUGAAGCAUAUCAACAAACAGGAACUGAAUUGCCAAUCAAUCUUAAGUUUGUGUUUGAAGGUAUGGAAGAAUCGGGUAGUAUAGGUUUGGACGAAUUACUCACAAAAGAGAAAGACACAUUUUUCAAUGAUGUUGAUUAUGUAUGUAUAUCUGAUAGUUACUGGUUGGGAACAGAAAAACCGUGUUUGACUUAUGGACUACGCGGAAUGUGCUGUUUUGGCAUUGAAAUAGAAGGUUCCACUAAAGAUUUACACAGUGGAAUGUAUGGAGGCACUGUAUACGAGGCAAUGUCGGACUUGAUUUAUGUUUUAAAUCAGUUAGUGGAUAUAAAAGGGAACAUUUUAAUACCUGACAUAAAUGAAGGAAUAGAACCUUUGUCUGAAAAGGAAAAAGAGUUGUAUAAUAAAAUUAAGUUUGAUGUUAACACAUAUUGUAAAGAAAUUGGAGCGUGUAAACCACUAAAAGAAUCAAAAGAAGAACUACUGAUGAGCAAUUGGAGAUAUCCGAGUUUGUCGAUUCACGGGAUAGAAGGAGCUUUCUCGGGUUCUGGUUUCAAAACGGUUAUACCUCGAAAAGUGAUUGGAAAAUUCUCUAUUAGAUUAGUACCGAAUCAAGAUCCUUGCAAAAUCGCUGAUAUAGUAAAAGCAUAUAUUAAUAAGAUUUGGCAAGAUCGCCAAAGUCCAAAUAAUCUCAAAAUUAUAAUGGAAGGUGAAGGUGGAAAUCCUUGGAUGACUGACCCUUUUAAUGCUCAUUACUUGGCAGCCCAUAAAGCAACAGAAACUGUGUAUAAUAUCGAGCCAGAUUACACGCGAGGAGGCGGUUCAAUUCCAGUUACGCUAACAUUACAAGAAUUGACUGGUAAAAACGUUUUAUUGCUGCCCAUGGGUGCUGGAGACGAUGGUGCUCAUUCUCAAAAUGAAAAACUUGAUUUGCGCAAUUACAUCGAAGGAACCAAAUUGAUGGCGGCCUACUUUUAUGAAGUAUCAAAAACUAAAACAAUUAGUUAAUUUAAAAUUGUAUUAUUAUAAAAGUAACAACCAAUUAUAAUAGUCUUAAUAUUAUUUAUAAUUUAUAUGAAAUAUUUACUACAGUAUUCAAAAUAUUAUAUUUUUAAACGAUAAUGUAUUAUUUUCUAAUUUUUAAAUAUGAAUAGGCAACAAUUUUUG